UCCUUUUCACCUACAGUAGACACCAAUCAAAAAGAUACAGUACGCCGACAUAACCCUAGUUUUAUGUUUACAAAUAAACAAGUGUCAAGAUUUAAACAUUAAUUUUAAUUAAUUAAGUUAAAAUGAGUGCAAUUACGUUAGGUCGCGUAUUUUGUCUUAAAAAACUCCCCUUAUUUGUGCGUAGAAUAUCUUACGUUCAAGGACAAGAACCAGAGCCCAAAGUCCGUGAAUACUUCUAUUAUAUAGACCAUCAAGGAAUGUUAUUUCUAGAUGAUUCAAAAAUGAAAAAUUUUACUUCUUGUUUUAAAGAAAAGAAGUUUUUGCAAUUCUUCUUUAGUCGUCUAAAGAUAAACAAUACUCAGCGAUACCCGCAAUUUCCCUAUAUAUCUCCUUGUGGAAAAGAACGUAAUUUCGUUAGAUGCGAUGAUUAUCCGUUUGUUUAUACCCAAGUUGUUAAGAAAGUAAAUAAUGAAGGCAAACAAGAAGAUUAUCUGUCAUAUAAUCAUGCUGCAGAAUUACUCACACUAAAUUUUUUACCAGAAAAGAUAUUUAUGUUACCUUGCAAUGGACGAGUUUAUUACCCUGCCCCAGAAAGAGCUGGAUCCAUUGGUUUAGUCAUGUCGAAGUUAGCAAUUGAAUUUAGCAAAUAUUUCAUUUUUGAUAGAGGUGAACACAAUCCUCCUACACAUUUUACAUGGAAUGAACACACUUAUACUUUGGACAAUAAGUGGUACUAUGAUGCUCUGAGAAACAAAGAACAACAGCAAAUAGUUAACAUGUAGUUAUUUAUUAACAAAUAUAUAUUUUUACAAGUGAUGCAGAAUUGCACUUUGGUUGUCAACAUUCUUAAAAAUUGUAGUCUGCUUUAAACAAAUAAUAAACAUUAAAAAAA